UUCUCGUUGAAUCUUCCGUGUUCUCUCAAUUGCAUCAUCCAUUCUCUCACCACACCACAGCUUUACAUAUAUAUAUAUAGUCCCAUCAUUUGCAUCCCCUUCGCAAUUCUCCGUUUACUCUCAGAGCAGAUCGAUAGACAUGCCUUGCGAGGUGAUGGCCGCCUGCGUCCAGAGCUGCUGCGCCAAGUCCGCCAUGAUCAAAUCCGUCGCUUUUGACGCUACCCGAUCUCUCAUCCACGGGACCGGUCUCUGCCAGCUCAUGGUCGACCUCUCCCUCGUCGACGAGGUGUGGUGCAGGAUACAGGAAGAGGCGCGAGCCGUCGCCGAAGAAGAGCCCCUCCUCCACAAGCUCUACGACGACCUCGUCCUCUCUCAUGAAACAUUAGAAUCCGCUCUCUCCGCCAACCUCGCCAGCAAGCUGGCCGUACCCGCCCUCCUCUCCACCAGCGUCCUCCGGGAUCUAUUCUCCGCGGUUCUGGGGAACGACCCUGAGAUCCGACGGGCCAUCCGCGUCGACCUCCGCGCCGCUAGGGACCGUGACCCGGCUUGCGAUAAGAUGGUACAUUGCUUCCUCUACUACAAGGGCUUCAUGGCGCUGCAGGCGCACCGGGUGGCCCACCGACUUUGGAUCGAGGGUCGUAGGUCGGUGGCACUACUGCUGCAGAGUCGCGUGUCAGAGGUCUUCGCGGUAGACAUCCACCCGGGGGCUCGGAUCGGGGCCGGCGUGUUGUUGGACCACGCCACUGGGUUGGUGAUCGGCGAGACGGCGGUGGUUGGAGAUGACGUCUCGUUCCUGCACGGUGUCACGUUGGGCGGCACCGGAAAGGAGAUCGGCGAUCGGCACCCGAAGAUCGGCGAUGGGGUGCUGAUCGGCGCUGGGACACAAGUGCUGGGAAAUGUGAGGAUCGGGAAAGGGGCAAAAAUCGGGGCCGGGUCGGUGGUGCUGAAGCCGGUGCCGCCGAGGACAACAGCAGUGGGGAACCCAGCAAGACUGAUCGGCGGCAAGGAGAAGCCGGUCCGUUUGGAGAGCCGAGCCGGCCUGACCAUGGACCACACCUCGUGGUCGGCUUGUACCACCUGAGAACACUCGGUUGCUGCGAUCAUCAUCAUUAACAGUGUAAUUGUCGAGUGCACUGAGGAAGGAGCUCAGCUCAAUUUGUUUUGAGCCGUCUCUCUUUCUCUCUUCCUUUCCCUUAUUACCUUCAUAUAAUAUGGUCCAGAAACAAGCAAGAAACAAGGUUUUCGCGGGUUCCCUUUUCCCUUA